GGAUUGGGAGCCAGCCACCCUGCCCCUUUCCCACCAUUGCUUCUGCUCUCCAUGGAUCUGCGCUCCUAUGCUCUGGCCCUUUCCCCUGUGCUCCUCUGCUCUGGUCCUCUCCCCUGUGCUCCUCUGCUCUGGUCCUCUCCCCUGUGCUCCUCUGCUCUGGCCCUUUCUCCUGCGCUCCUCUGCUCUGUCCCUUUCCCUCCAUUGCUUCUGCUCUCCCUGGAUCUGCCCCCCUACGGUCUCCCUCCCUGUGCUGUCUUCUGGCUACUGGAUCCGCUCGUCCCUCAGACGAACUAUAUAUCAGGAGUUGCUGGUAAUUUUAUUGAGGUAGAGAUCCUACCUACAAUCCACAUUUUUACUAAGCUCCUUUUAUGGUGUCAUGCAGGUUGCACUCCCUUACACUGGGCUGUUAUAAGAGGAAGUUUAGAAGUUUGCACCCUUCUUGUACAUGCAGGCACCAAGCAGGAACUAACAUUGAGGGAUAGAGGUGGGUUUACUCCUUUGCAACUUGCAGCAGACAAAGGUCAACGGCAUCUUUCCAAUAUACUUUCUAAUGCUACAAAAGUAAGCUUUGGAGACAAGUACUGCUCAGGGAGGCUGGGCAAGGUUGGAUACACACCUAUCCUGUUUUCUUAUCUUGUUAUCCUCAUGAUCCUUUUCCUGAAAUCAAUUGUUUUUGCAUCUGAUUUUUCUAGAAUCACUGCUGCUGUUGGUCUUUGGUCAUGGGCUGCUAUUUCUCUUGCCUUGGCGUCACAAGUGGUGUUCUACAGAGUUAGCAGAAACACUCCAGGCUACAUCAAAACCAAUACCGAGGGGGUUGAUCCGAAG